ACCUUGUAACCGUCAAUUAAUGUUAGAACAAUGUUGAAAAAUAACUUAUUACCUUUCUGCUUAGUUUUUAAUUUUCUCUGUGGAAAUAAUUUUAUAAAUGCAGCACCAAGCCAGUAUUGCAGCUCUCAACUCAACACAUCAGACUGUGCAAUGCCCCCAAUUCCUGUCUUCACGUACUACAAACCUGGCUCCCGCUGUGAAAUCGAAUUAUGGCGCGGCUGCACCACACUCAAUAAAUUCGACACCGAGUAUGAAUGCUCACACUAUUGCAUUGGCAAGCUGAGUCCUACCUUCAGCGCUGAAGUAGAUAAUCAGAUUGCAAGUUUGGAGGCAAUGAAAACAGGUCCUAGCACCGUGGUAUCAGAACUACAGCUACCUGUGCUACAACAGAUCCAAAAUUGUAAAAUACCGAUCAACUUGGAGGAUUGCGAUACGGUGGAAUAUGUAUAUACCUUUAACAAUGACGUGGAAAAGUGUCAAGAGGUCGAAUGGAAGGGAUGUGAGACGUAUAACAAGUUUGAUGACCUCGAUUCCUGCAUAGAAGCUUGCAAAGGUUUCAUGGAAAACCCUGCUGAGAUAAAUGAAAGUGAAACUGAUGGUUCACAAGAGGACGAUUACGAAGGCGCAGCUAUAACGUUAGCUACUUUACCGGAUGAUUAUGAAGGUGAUGGUGAUGACUCAUCAGAAAAUGCUGAUAAUGAGAAUGAUGAUAUCGGUGUUGAUAAUAAUGGACGUACAAAUGACAGCCGGGGUGAGAUAGAAGACAAUAGUGUAACUGACGGAGAUAAUGCGUGAAAGGCCGAAACGAGCUGAAGCUAACGGAGUCCCCAAAACUGCCUUACAAAACAACUAAAGUAUAGGCGUUAAACUCUUCGUCAAAUACUUGGGUACUUAACGAAGAUUUUAACACUUAAACUUUUUUUAAACUUGAUGUAUGAAAUUAAACGCAUGACUAUAGUAGUUUUGCAUGAAAGGUAACAAAAAGGUAACAAAAAGAAACUGAUCCAACCAUAGAAUCGUCAAUUAAUUAAUUAAAUUAUUCAAUUUGUUCAAUUGAAUCAGUUGGAAUAAAGUUUAAAGGUUAAAAGUUUAUUUUGUUUUUCCGCUGCUGAUUACUAACAAAAAAUAUGUGAUUUAAUACUGAGUGACAUUAGCCAAAAGCCGUUGUUCCAGUGAUAAAUACAAACCUAAUUAGUAUGCAAAUAAAAAACCCUAAUCAAGCCAAAUUGUCGAUAAAAGCACAGCACCCGAAAACAUGAAAGAAUGACGAAUGGUCGGUGAACGGAGAAACAAAAUAACGGACUCAGCUUCACUUAGCGUAAAAAUUUCAAAAUCAAAGAAUUAAUAUAAGUGAAGAAUUAAAAUGUUUAGUAUUGUGUUAAAAAUAUGUGAAAACAUCGUAUAAAUUUAAUUUAUUAGUUUGCUAAAUCGAUUUUUAGAGAAACGCGCGUCAUCUGCGCUUAUAUGCGCCGCAGACGCGCUGUAAUGAAUCGACUCAAACGCGCACAAACAUCGCGUUUCAGCAACAAGCUUACUCCACUGGAGUUUACACUUAGAAUUUAAUGUAGUUUCUUUAUUUCAAAAACUAACUGAAAUUAACAAACAAAACUAAAUUUGAAACUAUCUUUUAUCAAA